AUGAAUUUUCAAAACGACGGCAUGGUCUUUUCUGAGGAUGUGGCUAUGGCCGACAAGAGUGCUGCUUCGUGCGUGGAGGCCAUCAGCGACGCUACAGAGGAAGAUGUUUCCCAGUCCGAACGGUGGGAUAAUCAAGCUGUUAUAGCAAGCGUGACACUAUCGGAGAUGCCUGCACUCAGGCAUGCGCUCCCUGAUCCAUCGGAAACGCUAGCAGAGAACGUGUCUAGCACAACAAUGCCCCCGCAACGCUGGCGGGUGUUCGUUGUUGACUCUAAUGACGGUAUGCCCGUACAGCCUUGGGUGUCGUCCAACGGGUCUUCACUACCGCCAACAAUACCCCUUGGUGACGCGGAUUUCCCUCGCAAAGAGCUCUUCAGGGCUUCCAAGCCCCGCUGUAUUACGGACGCAUACUUUUGGCUGGCAUUUGUUCUCCAAGAUGUCAAUUUUAAAGGUCGACUAUUUGAAACGCUCUGGAGUCCCUUGCACAUCGCCUCGACCGAGUACACCACGAAGAAUAAAUUGCCUGCUAUACACUUUCAUCUACCAGACGCCGUCCGUGCCAAAUGGUCUUGGCUUGAGUCAAUGCUUGCUCAGCUACGCGACCUGCUCGUCAAGAUGAUCGAGAUAUUCCCUCUGACAAUUGAGUUCCCCCCACGUCCUUUGGACUUCCGCAUGCUGGACAAGGCCAGAUGGGCUUUUGUUUUGCAGAUGGCGUUCAUCUUCUGCCUUGGCAGCAUGCACCCCUCCCUAGUUAACCCGGACAACGUCACCCGUUCAGUUUGGACACAUGUACCAGAUGAAACCCAGUUAGCCCUCCAGUCCUCCUGGAUGUUCGACAAGAUAUCGCUCAUCCCUCGCGUUGGAGCUUUCAUAGACACUUCGGAAACCUGGCAGUGGCUAGAAAAGUUUAACGCUUUCUCUGCUGUUCGAGGUCUUCCACUUUGGCUGCAUUACUCCAUGCGCCCUGAAGAUCGGCCUGCCCACCCCGCAUUCGAACGGCACGCUCCCAGUGAGGAGCAGAUUGCGAGGGCUUUGGAGAAUCCGGACACAUGUUGCUGCAUGCCCUUGCCCAAGCAAACGUUCCAAAUGAUCUGGGAAGACCAGUACAUGUGGUCGUUGAGAAGGGUCGUAGGCAAAAAGAAAAUCAAAGAGGCGUGGAGUCAAUAUCAUCCGACUCAGCGGUGGUACGACCAACUCAGCAGACAGUGGGACCUUUGGGAAGGCUUUAAUCCUAAUGUUCAGGGUGGCAACGAGAAUGACGACAACGACUAUGACUACGACACUGGCAAGCAAUCUCGGGCAUUCGAUUCCAGAGGAAGCAAGUUCGGCACUGGACAGACCAGAAUCACAGAUACUCUUCCUGGCAACGACCUCAUAGAUUCCGCAGGCGAAGUCGGUCUCCCAGUCACCCACGAGCACAUCGGAACCGCGAACGAAGUCGGUCUCCCUAUUAUCGGCAACCUACUUGUGAGAAUCGAGACCGAAGCCAGACACCCCAGCGCAGGCGUUCUUCUUACGAGGCAUACAGCCGUACUCGCAUCACUCGUCAUCCAGGUUCUCCCCGCAGAGCAUAUCAGCGAGAUCGCACUCCUCGCUGCUAUUCUUCACUUGAUCGUUUACAGUCCCCUCGCGUGA